GCCCGUUCAUAAACAAAAUGGGCCGUAACGGAUUCAUUCCAUCCAUUGUCAAGGUCAACCAAAAAACUGCAAUUGUCUGACGAGCGUGAGUGGGAAGACGGGUCAGAGCGCGUGGGUAUGGAAGAAAACUUAGAAAUGUCGCCACAAUGACACCACCACCAACCCAAGAAAAUCUCACCAGAAAGAUACACCAAAACCCCCACACCCACCACGCGCCGCAACGUGCCUUCUCCGCCAAACUUCCAACCACCGCCAACGAUUAGGGUUCCCAUUUUCAUGGAACCCCAAUCACAAUCGCAAUCGCAAUCGCAACUGCAAUUGCAAGCUUCUCUUCCUCUUCCACCACCUCCACACAUGGAUCCCGAUGACCCUUCUUCCUCCGUCUGGGACCUCACUUACCUCCUUGACUUCAACCUCGACGACGACGCACCAGUUUUCCCCUUCGAUGACAACAACCUCUCAGAAACCCCUCUCACCGACCCUCAGGAUCAGGAGGAGGAGACUCACAAGGUCCGAAAGCGUGACCCGAUGCUCACAUGCCCCAACUUUCUCGCGGGUCGGGUCCCAUGCGCAUGCCCCGAGAUGGACGCGCUACUCGAGGAACAAGGUUUACCCGCCAACAAACGCCCUAGGACCGCGCGUGCUUCUGCACCGUCGGCGGCGCGCUGCCAGGUUCCUGGCUGCGAGGUUGAUAUCUCUGAGCUCAAGGGCUAUCACCGGAGGCACAGGGUUUGUCUGCGCUGUGCAAAUGCUCCUACCGUUGUCUUCAACGGCGAGGCUAAGAGAUACUGUCAGCAGUGUGGAAAGUUUCAUGUUUUGUCGGAUUUCGACGAAGGUAAACGGAGCUGUAGAAGGAAGUUGGAGCGCCAUAACAACAGGAGGCGAAGGAAGGCUCCGGAUUCUAGAGCUGCAGCUGAUCAUGAACCUCAAGCUGUUACUCAAAAUGAAGAGUUCAGUGGUGAUCUCGAAGCGGGAAAAGAUUGUUCAAAUUUGAGUAGUGAGAUAGUUGAAAAAGAAGCGUCACCGCCGUCACGGGAUCAUGAAGAGGAACCUGUUGCUGUUUGGUCGUCAACUCUUGAUACACCUAAUAUUAAUGGUGAUAGUGUUGUGUCUUUUGUUGCUUCUGGUACUUCAGCACAAGUGAAUGGUGUGAAUGACGUUUCGAAUAUUUCUAAUUCGCCUCCUUCAUAUUGCGACAAUAAGAGUGCUUAUUCGUCUAUGUGCCAAACAGGUCGGAUUUCAUUUAAGCUUUACGACUGGAAUCCUGCCGAAUUUCCUAGAAGGCUACGGCACCAAAUAUUCCAAUGGUUGGCAAGUAUGCCUUUAGAGCUGGAGGGAUAUAUCCGCCCUGGAUGUACAAUCCUGACAAUUUUUAUUGCAAUGCCUAACAUUAUGUGGAUAAAUUUACAAAAGGAUCCUCUGUACUAUGUGCAUGAUCUUGUUGCUCCCAGAAAGAUGCUAUCUGGAAGAGGCACCACACUGGUUCAUCUGAAUGACAUGAUGUUCCGUGUUAUGAAAGAUGGAACUUCUGUGACAAAAGUCGAGGUAAACAUGCAGGCACCAAGGCUUCACUAUGUUCAUCCCACAUGCUUUGAAGCUGGCAGACCUAUGGAAUUUUUUGCUUGUGGAAGUAACUUGCUGCAGCCUAAGUUUCGGUUUCUUGUAUCUUUCUCUGGGAAGUAUCUGAAGUAUGAUUACUGUGUUCCUUCUCCACAUAACUGGUCUGAAGACAAUAUUUCGUGUGUUAAUGAUAAUCAGUUAUACAAGAUAUAUGUCCCUCAUACAGAUGAAUGUCUCUUUGGGCCUGCAUUUAUUGAGGUGGAUAACGAGUCUGGGUUGUCAAACUUUAUUCCAGUACUCAUUGGGGAUAAAGAAAUUUGCACUGAAAUGAAGACGUUGCAGCAAAAAUUAGAUGCAUCUCUCCCUUCCAAACAGUUCCAGUCUGCAUCUGGUGAUUCUAUUUGCAGCUCAUGUGAAGCUCUUGCACAUAGACACACAGCUUCAUCAGACUUGCUUGUAGAUAUAGCAUGGUUGCUUAAGGACCCCACUUCAGAAAGUUUUGACAGAGUGAUGACAGCUUCACAAAUUCAAAGAUAUUGUUAUCUGUUGGAUUUUCUAAUAUGCAAUGAUUCAACAAUCAUUUUGGGAAGAAUAUUACCGAAUUUGAUAAUCUUGACAGAAAGCAUGAAAUCAAAUUUUGUGAUUAAUAGAAUCAGUGAUAUUGACAUGACCGAACUACUAAAAUGCAUGCAUAAUGCUAGAGAUGCCAUUUGUCAGAAGCAUCGGAAAGAUGGAGGUGUAGUUGCACCCUCUGAAAUGGAAGACUUUGAAGCAGCUCAGAGCGGCUCCCAAAAUAACAUGCAAUCAGUUGUUGCAGUUAACUAUCAGGGUAUCCUGCCCGGACCAGAUUCAAAUUUGACAGUUCUGAGAUGUCCCACUAGCAAUGACAAAAAUGAAAAGAUACCACUUUUGAAGCAGGAGAUUAUAAUGAAUGUGGAAGAGUUCCCUAAAAGAUGCGACCGGCGAUAUCUUACCAGGGGACUCUUGAGCUCUCGACCAGCUAUUUUUAUGGCUGUUUCAGUUGCUGUUUGCCUUGGUGUAUGUGUAUCCGUCCUUCAUCAUCAUGGGAGGGUUAGUGAGUUGGCAUUAUCCAUUAGAAGGUGCUUGUUUAACUACUAGUAGAUUUUGUUCUUAUAAUUUCUAGUUGGUACAUAUUUGUUGUAACAUUAAAUAAACAGAUGUUAUUAGGAGGAGUUGUGCUAGCUCAUUAAUUUGGAAACUUUAUCCAAGGUUGCUGAUUUUACCAAUUUAAUCGGAUGUCCCUACAGGCUAUAGGUGCCAAUUGUACCCGAAAUGAGUGUGAUCAUAGUUAAAAUUUGAAAUUUAUACCAUCAAUAUUAAAUUGGGUGCUUACUUCCUUA